AUGGCACUAGCCUCGCACGAUGUGCGUCCGGAUCCGACCUCCGAUCUUCACUGGUCGGACUACCGGGGAGCCAUCCAUGAGAUCUUCGCCGCCAAUGCUGCCAAACACCCCGACCGCACAUGCGUGGUGGAAACCGCAUCAUCAGACACACCUCGGCGGGAGUUCAACUACCAGCAAAUCGACCAAGCAUCCAACAUUGUUGCACAUCACCUUGUCGACCAGGGUGUCCAGCGCGGGGAAGUCGUCAUGGUCUAUGCCCACCGUGGUGUUGACUUGGUCGUGGCGGUUAUGGGGGUCCUGAAAGCCGGCGCAACAUUCAGCGUCAUUGAUCCCGCGUACCCGCCAGAUCGCCAGAUCAUCUACUUGGAUGUCGCUCGACCCAGAGCGCUCGUGGUCAUAGACAAGGCAACACGCGAUGCGGGUCCAUUAGACCGCAGCGUGCGAGACUGGAUCAAGGAGAACCUGGAUCUUCGCACCGAAGUACCUGCAUUGAAACUCCAAAAUGACGGCACAGUACUUGGAGGCUCUUCUUCCGGCCAAGAAGAUUGUCUUGCUCAUUCUGUGUCCAAGAAAGCCACGCUACCGGGGGUCGUUGUCGGCCCUGACAGCACACCAACCUUGUCUUUCACCUCCGGCUCUGAAGGCAAGCCAAAGGGUGUGAAGGGAAGACACUUCUCACUCGCAUACUAUUUCCCCUGGAUGAAAGAAAGGUUCGGCCUGUCGGAGAAUGACCGGUUUUCCAUGCUGAGUGGCAUUGCGCAUGAUCCUAUCCAGCGGGACAUCUUCACCCCACUCUUCUUGGGCGCUUCGCUCAUCGUCCCACCCGCUGAGUACAUCACUUUCGACCGCUUGGCGACAUGGGCGAGCACGAACGAGAUCACCGUCACACAUCUCACCCCGGCCAUGGGUCAGAUUCUCCUGGGUAGCACCGAACCCAAAGUUACCAGCCUCCACGGAGCAUUCUUCGUUGGCGACGUGCUACUCAAACGAGACUGCAGACGAUUGCAACAGCUCGCCCCUAACUGCAGAAUCAAAAAUAUGUAUGGCACAACAGAAACCCAGCGUGCUGUGUCCUACUACGAGCUCCCCUCGCUCAAUGAGGACGCAGAAUACCUGGAUCACAUGGGGGACGUCAUUCCAGCUGGCAAAGGCAUGAUGGAUGUCCAAUUGUUGGUCGUCGAUCGCGAGAAGCCAGAGCGACAGUGCGAGCUUGGUGAGAUCGGUGAGAUCUACGUCCGAGCUGGGGGACUUGCAGAACACUACCUUGGCGACCCUACGAAAUCGAAGGAAAAGUUCGUGGUGAAUUGGUUUGUCGACCCGCAGAAGUGGGUGGACGAAGACAAAAAGCGAGUGGCGGCUUCCAACACUGCCGAGCCCUGGCGCGAGUGCUAUCUGGGUCCGCGAGAUCGCAUGUACCGAUCAGGCGAUCUCGGAAGGUACAUGCCAGAUGGCAACGUGGAGUGCUGUGGCCGUGCAGACGACCAAGUGAAGAUCCGCGGGUUCCGAAUCGAGCUCGGCGAAAUCGACACUCAUCUCUCACAGCAUCCACUCAUCCGCGAGAAUGUGACAUUGGUGAGACGCGACCACAACGAGGAGCAGAUUCUCGUGUCAUACUACGUCCCGGACAUGAAGAAGUGGAGAGAAUGGUACUCACAGCAAGAAGAGACAUCUCGGACUGUGCAAACAACAAAUGGCAUACGGCGCCGCGAGUCUGCAAACGAAGGCAUGGGGAUGGCGCAGCGUAUGCGAAUCUUCGAGCUCCUCACCUUUAACGCACGAGAUGCGCUCAAGAAGAAGCUACCUGCAUACGCUGUGCCGACUUUGUUCAUUCCCAUGCUUCGACUGCCCCUCACUCCUAAUGGAAAAGUCGACAGACGUGCUCUCCCUUUCCCGGAGGAAGCAGACCUGUUGGGUGCCAUUUCCAAAGCAACCGAUCUGGACUCGCGAACGGAGACCGAGAACGCUUUGGCUGAAAUCUGGGCUUUCCACUUGCCCCGUCAAACGGCUGACAGUCUACCCAGAGAUGCAAAGUUCGAAGAUCUCGGAGGCAACAGUAUCAUGGCUGUGCAGAUCUUGCCUAAGAUCAACAAGCGUUGGAAAGGUGCCAAUGUGCCGAUGUCUGCUAUGGCGAGUAAGCAACCGACCUUGCGAAGACUCGCGCGAUACAUUGACAGAUCGCUGGAUCCUGUCGGCCUGAGAAUGGACGCCGCGGAAGAAGGGGAGGAGGAGGAGCACCAGCAGGAGCAGUAUUCAAAUGAUCUCUCCGUUCAAGUCGCGGCGUUACCAGCAUCUCUCCCAUCAGCAAGCCUGCGAGAGCUGUCCGAACUGUACCACGGUGCACGGAUUCUAUUGACCGGCGCAACAGGAUUCCUGGGCGCGUACAUUCUGCACGAAGCAAUCAUGCGCAGCAGCCCUUGUCAUGUGUACGCUCACGUCCGAGCUUCGUCGCACCGGGAGGGCAUGGAACGAAUCAGGAUGACCUGCAAAGCUUACGGCCUUUGGCACGAGUGGUGGGCGACCGAGGGCAAUCUCGAGGUCGUUAUUGGUGAUUUGGAGAAGCCGAAACUUGGCAUGAACGAUGCGGAUUAUCGCAAGAUCGCCGAGGAUGCGGAGCUCAUCAUUCACAACGGCGCCCGAGUGCAUUGGCUCUCACCGUACGAGAGUCUCAAAGCUGCCAAUGUGCAGUCCACACUCGAGUGCAUCCAGCUCUGUACGACAGGACGGGGGAAGAGGUUGGCAUUCGUCAGCUCUACGAGUGUGCUUGAUUCCGAGCACUUUGUCGAGAUGACAGACGCCGGUCAGCCCGUGCUCGAAACCGAUGAUCUCGAAGGCAGUCGCCAAGGUCUGGACACUGGCUAUGGGCAAACCAAAUGGGUAUCGGAGCUACUGAUCCGCGAAGCCUGCCGGCGUGGCUUGAACGGCGUCAUCAUUCGGCCUGGCUACGUGAUGGGCGACGAGGACAGCGGCGUGAGCAACACCGAUGACUUCCUCAUCCGCAUGCUGAAGGGAUGUGUGCAAGUCGGGUGCAGACCAGACAUCACCAACACGAUCAACAUGGUGCCCGUGAGGACCGUGGCGCGCAAAAUCCUUGCUGCCGCUUUUCAAUCUCCCACGGCCAGCGUUGCGCAAAUCGAGAGUCACCCGCGUCUCACGUUCAACGAUUACCUAGGCAUACUGGAGCACUACGGCUACCCGGUGCCGCUCGUGCCGUACGCAGAUUGGAAGCGGAAAGUUGAAGAGUACGUCGAGUCUUCGGAUUCUGGGGAGGAGCUCGCACUUCUGGGAUUGUUCCACAUGGUCACAGGCGACCUUCCAGCUUCCACGAAAGCGCCUGCACUUGAUGACCGCAAUGCCGCCGAGGCCAUGUCGAAGGACGCACAAGCGCUUGGGCGACCGCUGCCGCUGGGCGGUGUCACGAAGGAAGCUGUUGGUGCGUACCUUGGAUAUCUUAUUGCGAGAGGGUUCAUGCGUGCCCCGGCUACGCCCUCGAAAGAGCUGCCCGUUCGGAAUCUAUCAAAGGAGCAGAGCGAAGCGUUGGCGAAAGUAGGAGGGCGAGGCGGGACUGCGUCGUGA